AUGGCGAAAGCUGCCAACCGUUCGCGGCCCUCCGCCGCUUCAACCUUCAAGCCUGCAAAGAGCUACACAUCAAAACCAUCUAGGACAAGAGAAUGGUCCGCCACACGCAGAGCUGCCGAGGAGUCGCUUUCGAUACAGAUCCAGUACACCUUCAAUGGUCUCAUCGCCCUGCUUGUGAUGCACACCCUCUCUUCUCCCUCUUCCCUCUCUCUCGCCCACCUCUCCUCGCACUUGCAUCUGCCGCACUCGCUCCACUCCAUCAUCCCAUCCUGGCUCAGGCUGCCAUCGCUCGCCCAAUUCGCUUCCGAUCUGCCCAACGCAUCCGAGCGAGGCGGUCAUCAAGAUUGGUCCGGUCUCGCUUCCCAUCUAGUCGGCGAAGCCAGCAUCGGUCCCUUCCGCAGCGACGCGCGCGGUUUCGGUCAUCCGCUGACGGCGCUUCACAACUUUACACGCGCCGCACUCGGCCUCUCAUACCCAGUACCCGACCACAACACCUCGCCCAUCGCUGCCUUCAAGUACCAAGCACACCGUCUUGCUGGUGAUCACUCCGUUCACGUCUCUGCUCCUUGGGCGCUUCUCGCUGGCGUCCCUGGCUACCUCUACGAACGCGGUCUCAAGGAUGCUCUCUUUGUUGGCACGCUCGUGCUUCUUUUCACGCUCGCACGCGCUCUGCUCAUGAAGUUCGUCCUCCUCCCAUUGGGUGAGGUGGCGGUUCCUCACGUCAAGAAGCCACGCAAAUCCGAACGUCAAUCGUCCGACGCACUCAACGAACGAGCCAAAGCGCUCCGAACCCGCGAAAAGGAGGUUCUCCGAUUCGCAGAGCAGGGUUUUAGUCUCAUCUACUACACUUGCUCCUGGAGUCUUGGCCUCUACAUCGCCUCUCGCGAGUCGUACUGGCCCUUGAAUACGGUCGAAUACUGGACCAACUACCCUCAGUUCCGCCUCGACCCUCUCUUCAAGUUUUACUAUCUCGCCUCGUGCGCCUUCUACAUCCAGCAGCUCUUUGUGCUGCAUGUCGAAGCGCGUCGCUCCGAUCACUGGCAGAUGUUCUCGCACCACGUCAUCACCAUCGCUCUCAUCGCCGGUUCGUACGUGUGCAGCUACCACCGCGUCGGCAACGCCAUCCUCUGCCUCAUGGACCCGAGCGAUAUCGCGCUCAAUGUCGCCAAGAUGCUCAAAUACGCUGGCUGGCAGACUACCUGCGAUAUUGCGUUUGGCCUCUUCAUGGUCUCAUGGCUCGUCACGAGGCAUAUCCUUUACAUGAGGGUGGUAUGGAGCUGCAUCACCGACACGCUGAAGGUCAUGUCCUUCCGCCCAACCAACUACCUCACGGGAGACUACUUUACCAGGACAGCCUACUUUACGCUCAUCGGGCUCCUGUGCGCACUGCAGAUUAUCUUGUUGAUGUGGUUCUACAUGAUCUGCAGGGUAGCGUAUCGAGUGGUAACCAAGGCGGGCGCGGUCGACUCGAGGAGCGAUGCUGAGAGCAGCUACGAGGAUGACGAUCUGCAGAUGGUCGAGGCGGCGCAAGAGGCGGCGGCGAGGAAAGCAAGCUCGAUAGUAUCAUCGAAUGGCUCGGCCAAGAAGAGGUCCAAGCGCAAGUAG